GGAAACCAAUGAUCGGUGGUGGUAUAAGGGUACAUCAAAAUGUUGGACAAACUGAAAGUAGAAAGAAAGCUGUCCGAAUGUUAGUGGCAGUUGUUUUGCUGUUUGCACUUUGUUUUCUACCUAACCAUACUUUAAAUAUACUAAGAUAUACCGGACAACUUCAGAACGUGCCAAAUAAGCGGAUAUUUGCUCUGUUUGCACAUUGGGCAACAUUCUUCAAUAGCUGCAUUAAUCCUGUCAUCUACAAUUUCAUGAGUGAGGCAUUUAGAAAAGCGUUCAAAAAAGUUGCAGUGCAAUCGUGUUUAAGAUGUAAGAAAAAACGAAGACAUUGGCAGAGACCCAGUUCCUAUCACAUGACUUUUACCGGAAGUAGAAGUGUUGGAGUAAGAUUUAGUCAUAAUAUCAGCACCUGAUAUAGUCGUCAAACUGUAUAUUUCACAAGUGGCUACUGUACGACGGUACAUUUAGCAGAAGCCCUAUGAUGACAAGAAUGAUACUUGGACAAAUUUAUUGUAAAGAAUAAAUACUUGGCUCGUACUUAAUGCUAGUGAAAGCGCGAGAAAACUUAAUUCUUUUCUAAUGAUCUCUUUUCAAUCAUAAACAACACAAAUGGAUUGAGAGUUGAUCUAUACGUCACGACAAGUGUUGGUGUCAGUGGAUAUUUAGAAUGACAACAUUCACCCAACCUUUAAUAUAUUGAUGAUAUUGCGACUCAAUGAUGUUAUGUAUGUAUUGACGAGACGUUUUUUUUUCUUUGACUUUUUAAUUUUCUUCUUAUACUACAGUUGCCUUAUUCGAAUGCGAUAUAAAUGUAUUGUAAUAGUUUGGAAUUACUCAGUUAAGACAAUAUCAAAUCCAAAAUGUGGAAUAAUUAGAUUGGAAAAUACGUUUUACUUAUCGUUACCAAACAUUUAGUAGCUCUGUUCUCGUUCUACAUCUUCCAAAGAGUUACAUUAGAGAUACCAUUAAUGUUCAAAACAGUAUUAAGUUGCCACCUUUUUGGACCCAGUCUUGUUAUUGUUUCUGACCAUUUAAGACCAUGGGGUCUAUUCAAAGUUCAUCUGUUAAUGUGUUUGGCUUAAGUCAGUUCUAAGGGAGAGUGUAUUACCGCUAGUAAAGAAAACUCUAUCAAAUUGAAAAAGUAGAAAACCCACCAGUCGCCUCCAGUAACAUGACUGAAUAAAAAUGUUGCAGGCUCAGUCUUUUCAAUUACGGUAGAGGAAAUGCAAGCUAACUUCAUGGCCCUCUAGCCACGUGUUAGCAGACCCAAAUCUUGUAUUUACGUUUGGUUGUGUCAUGCCCUUCCAAAAGAUAUUUUUAAAUUCCUUAAUUGUCAUUCAUAAUUUAUAAUGUUCUUAACAUAAUUUUAUUUUUAACAAUGUAU